AACGCCAAGAUGAUCAAAGGCUUGAUGGAUUCGGUCGACGACAUGCGCCUCACGAAAAAAGUUGCGCUGGAGGUGAUGCACCUGGUGCAUGACAUGAAGGGCUUCAGCGUGUCAAGCGCGCAGAAGUGGACAGCCAUCUACGGCAAGAGGCUGAGGACGGCGAUCGUCCACGUUCGCGACGCAGGACGGCGGGACCCGCCGCUCAAGUGGGCAGUCCCGUUCUUGAGCGGCAGCGCGGCACCAGCUGUGCUCAAACGACCUGCAGCAUUCAGAAGGCCAGCUGCCGCAGAGGAGCUCAAGGCAAAAACACACGAGGAAGCAGAGGGCGAGGAGGCAGAAGACGAGGAGGCUGCGCCGCUGGCGAAGAAGCCCUCGGCGCUCGAAGAGGCAGAGCCCCAGGACAAGGCUGCUGAGGAGCGCGUGAGGAAGCAAGCCGAGGAACUGGAGAGGCGUGCGAAGGCUGCCCUGGCCGCUGAGAAGAGGCAGGCGGAUGCUGCUCGGGAAAGGGAGGCCGAGGAGAACGCCAGGCAGAGGGCUGUCGAGGAGCUCAGGGCAAAGCAAGCUGAGGAGAUGCAGGCGAGGGAAGCUGAGAGGAAGAGGGCGAAGGCUGAUAGAGAGCGCAAGGAGGCUGAGGAGCAUGCCACGGUUGUCGAGGAGCUCAGGGCAAAACAAGAAAAGGAGAUGCAGGCGAUGGAAGCUGAGAGGAAGAGGGCUGUCGAGGAGCUCAGGGCAAAGCAAGCUGAGGAGAUGCAGGCGAUGGAAGCCGAGAGGAAGAGGGCGAAGACUGCUAAAGAUCUCGAGGCUGAGGAGAAAGCCAGGGAGGAGAAGGCUGCUGAGGAACGCAAGGCGAAGGCUGCUAAAGAUCUCGAGGCUGAGGGGAAAGCCAGGGAGGAGACGGCUGCCAAAGAUCUCGAGGCUGAGGAGAAAGCCAGGGAGGAGAAGGCUGCUAAAGAUCUCGAGGCUGAGGAGAAGGCCAGGGGGGAGAAAGCUGCUGGGGAACGCAAGGCGAAGGCUGCUACAGAUCUCGAGGCUGAGGAGAAUGCCAGGAAGGAGAAGGCUGCUGAGGAACGCAAGGCGAAGGCUGCUAAAGAUCUCGAGGCUGAGGAGAGAACCAGGGCGGAGAAGGCUGCUAAAGAUCCCGAGGCUGAGGAGAAAGCCAGGGAGGAGAAAGCUGCUGAGGAACGCAAGGCGGAGGCUGCUAAAGAUCUCGAGGCUGAGGAGAAAGCAAGGGGGGAGAAGGCUGCUGAGGAACGCACGGCGAAUGAGGACAAGGCUGUCGGGGAGCGCCAGGCGAGGCAGGCAGAGGCGGUGCUUCAGGAUGAUCUUGAAACCCAGCCCGCGACCGAGCUUAUUCUGGUCAAAACGAGGCAGCAAGCAACGCAGGCGGCGCGAGAGGCAGCGCGAACAAGGGCGGCGGGAGAGACAACUGCAUUAACGAGUACUGGUAAGAACGGCCUUGGGAAACACGAGCUGGCGCGCCUGCUUAUGGAGGUCACGAAUAGCAGAGGCAAGCAAGAAUACGAAGCAGACGAGGUUGCGAAAGAUAACGUGCCCGAAGAUGUCAAGGCGUUCAUGCAAGUGCUGGUGGACGGUAUCAAGACCGAGGUUGUAGCUCGAAGCCCUUGCUACCAGAAGUUCGAGCGUCAUAAGAAAGCGCUAGAGAAGAAAGAUGCGAAGUGGAAGGAGGACUGGGCAAAAAAGAAUUCGGAGGAGAGGAAGAAAUACAGGGUCGAAUGGGCCGAGCAAAAGCUGAAGGCGGAGGUUCGCAAGUGGACGAAAAAGAAGUCGUUCCAGCGCGUCGACGAGUCGAAGGGGACGUACUUCAGCUUCUCGCGGAUUGUCCAGGAGGAGGGCGGUCACCACGACGAGGACAACUGGGAGGCCGCCUAUCACUAUUGCGAGGCGCUCACGGAUCACAAGGAGGUCAAGAAGGGCCACAGCGUCGAGAAACUGAUAUCUGAGUUCAAGGAGAUCUCGGCCAGGAUGCCUGCGCCCAUCGAGAAGCUGAACAACUGGCAUGGUAAGAUCAUGAGUUCGCACGCGCUGGAGAAGAAAUAUGCUGAUUCCCUGGAGGGUGGGCAGGCGCUGGGAUUCCGAGUAGUCGUGGUGGACUUCAAGGCGGACUGGCCCGAGAUGUCAACGGGCAUGGGCUUUCCAGCCCACGCCUCACAUCACGCCCCCUGCAUAAUGUGCAGGCAGAAUCAAGAACAAAUCCACAGUCACGACCUAUCAGCACCAGUGGAGCAGGUUACCAAUGAAUCAUACGACGACGAAUGCACCUCACACGAAAUUUGGUGCCUGAUCACCGACCAGGAGAUGCACCGCGCGAUGCGCUUCCGUCUGUGCUGGAAAAAAACAAACAGGGGCCGCGCACUCUACGCCGACCUGCCCGAAUACGGCCUACGCAAAGGCGACAGGGUGGAACCGUCGCCGACGUUGCUUGACUCCGCGGAUUUCGAUCACCUUUCGUUUGAUAAAGGGCCAGUGCUUGUCAAGUUCUGGAGACCGACUCCAGGUGCCGAGCGGUGCUACCAUCGAAAUCCACUUCUGGAUCCGGCCCUGGGCACAGGCAUGCACACAUUUUCUAUUGACGAACUACAUUGCCUCCACCUCGGCGUGUUCCAGUCGUGGGCGUCCACUGUUGUUUGGCUACUGAUAGGCCACAAUUUCUUCAAAAUACAGGCGACACUACAAGGCGAUCGGGUUCGCCUCAGCCUGAAGCGUUUACUUUUAGAGCUUGGGGAGUUUUACUCGAAACAACGCAGCAUGGGUGUUCCAGAAUCUGCAAUCACCAGAGUCGGAGACCUGACUCCAGGCAUGAUAGGUACCCGCAAUGCACCGAGCCUCGGUUUAAAGGCGCACGAAAGCAAGUGGUUUGUGAAAUUCUUAGCAGAGUUCCUGCCGACGGUCGCUAGCAGGCUUCCGCCAGAGAGCAAUGUGGACACCCUGGUUGCAGCUGGCAACGCACUUGUGAAGUUCACCAACAUCAUAGACAGCGGCCACCUCGGCGUGUCGGAUGAGGCGGUGGACCUGGCGCGGUCGAUCAAGGAGCGAAUUCCUGAUGCCAACAAAUUCGCCCAAUUGCAAGAGGGGAUCCGCGUAGUGAACCAGAAGAUGCAUGAGGUGGUUCGCGACGUCGACCUCCUUGAGAACAUUUUCGGAUAUGGGGACAAGGAGAAGGUGGAGGAAGCAAACCUGAGCGCCCAUCUGUCCUCGUAUCUCAUCGGCCUUGCCACGAUUCGGAAAGUUUGGUUUGCGAUGGAGAAGCCCGUGCAGUCGAGAGACCUGGAGCGCGAGGAGAGGGAGAGGCGCGAGGAGAGGCAGCGGCGCGAGGAGAGGCAGACGAGGCGACAGGAGAAGAACGACACAGCAGACCUGAAAAGAGAGAAGAACGAGCUCGAGAAGAACGCGCCCGAGGACAGAGGGAAGAUCGUCAAAGCCAGAGGAGACCUGGAGCGCGAGGAGAGGGAGAGGCGCGAGGAGAGGCAGCGGCGCGAGGAGAGGCAGACGAGGCGACAGGAGAAGAACGACAACGCAGACCUGAAAAGAGCCGACGCCCGAGGAGAGAAGAAAGAGCUCGAGGAGACAAGGAGGCCCACGGAGAGACACGGCAAAGAGACGCCCCUUGCCGACGAGAUCGAUGGGGGCACCCAGGACAAGGCUGCUGAGGAGCGCGUGAGGAAGCAAGCCGAGGAACUGGAGAGGCGUGCGAAGGCUGCCCUGGCCGCUGAGAAGAGGCAGGCGGAUGCUGCUCGGGAAAGGGAGGCCGAGGAGAACGCCAGGCAGAGGGCUGUCGAGGAGCUCAGGGCAAAGCAAGCUGAGGAGAUGCAGGCGAGGGAAGCUGAGAGGAAGAGGGCGAAGGCUGAUAGAGAGCGCAAGGAGGCUGAGGAGCAUGCCACGGUUGUCGAGGAGCUCAGGGCAAAACAAGAAAAGGAGAUGCAGGCGAUGGAAGCUGAGAGGAAGAGGGCUGUCGAGGAGCUCAGGGCAAAGCAAGCUGAGGAGAUGCAGGCGAUGGAAGCCGAGAGGAAGAGGGCGAAGACUGCUAAAGAUCUCGAGGCUGAGGAGAAAGCCAGGGGGGAGAAGACUGCUGAGGAACGCAAGGCGAAGGCUGCUAAAGAUCUCGAGGCUGAGGGGAAAGCCAGGGAGGAGACGGCUGCCAAAGAUCUCGAGGCUGAGGAGAAAGCCAGGGAGGAGAAGGCUGCUAAAGAUCUCGAGGCUGAGGAGAAGGCCAGGGGGGAGAAAGCUGCUGGGGAACGCAAGGCGAAGGCUGCUACAGAUCUCGAGGCUGAGGAGAAUGCCAGGAAGGAGAAGGCUGCUGAGGAACGCAAGGCGAAGGCUGCUAAAGAUCUCGAGGCUGAGGAGAGAACCAGGGCGGAGAAGGCUGCUAAAGAUCCCGAGGCUGAGGAGAAAGCCAGGGAGGAGAAAGCUGCUGAGGAACGCAAGGCGGAGGCUGCUAAAGAUCUCGAGGCUGAGGAGAAAGCAAGGGGGGAGAAGGCUGCUGAGGAACGCACGGCGAAUGAGGACAAGGCUGUCGGGGAGCGCCAGGCGAGGCAGGCAGAGGCGGUGCUUCAGGAUGAUCUUGAAACCCAGCCCGCGACCGAGCUUAUUCUGGUCAAAGCGAGGCAGCAAGCAACGCAGGCGGCGCGAGAGGCAGCGCGAACAAGGGCGGCGGGAGAGACAACUGCAUUAACGAGUACUGGUAAGAACGGCCUUGGGAAACACGAGCUGGCGCGCCUGCUUAUGGAGGUCACGAAUAGCAGAGGCAAGCAAGAAUACGAAGCAGACGAGGUUGCGAAAGAUAACGUGCCCGAAGAUGUCAAGGCGUUCAUGCAAGUGCUGGUGGACGGUAUCAAGACCGAGGUUGUAGCUCGAAGCCCUUGCUACCAGAAGUUCGAGCGUCAUAAGAAAGCGCUAGAGAAGAAAGAUGCGAAGUGGAAGGAGGACUGGGCAAAAAAGAAUUCGGAGGAGAGGAAGAAAUACAGGGUCGAAUGGGCCGAGCAAAAGCUGAAGGCGGAGGUUCGCAAGUGGACGAAAAAGAAGUCGUUCCAGCGCGUCGACGAGUCGAAGGGGGCGUACUUCAGCUUCUCGCGGAUUGUCCAGGAGGAGGGCGGUCACCACGACGAGGACAACUGGGAGGCCGCCUAUCACUAUUGCGAGGCGCUCACGGAUCACAAGGAGGUCAAGAAGGGCCACAGCGUCGAGAAACUGAUAUCUGAGUUCAAGGAGAUCUCGGCCAGGAUGCCUGCGCCCAUCGAGAAGCUGAACAACUGGCAUGGUAAGAUCAUGAGUUCGCACGCGCUGGAGAAGAAAUAUGCUGAUUCCCUGGAGGGUGGGCAGGCGCUGGGAUUCCGAGUAGUCGUGGUGGACUUCAAGGCGGACUGGCCCGAGAUGUCAACGGGCAUGGGCUUUCCAGCCCACGCCUCACAUCACGCCCCCUGCAUAAUGUGCAGGCAGAAUCAAGAACAAAUCCACAGUCACGACCUAUCAGCACCAGUGGAGCAGGUUACCAAUGAAUCAUACGACGACGAAUGCACCUCACACGAAAUUUGGUGCCUGAUCACCGACCAGGAGAUGCACCGCACGAUGCGCUUCCGUCUGUGCUGGAAAAAAACAAACAGGGGCCGCGCACUCUACGCCGACCUGCCCGAAUACGGCCUACGCAAAGGCGACAGGGUGGAACCGUCGCCGACGUUGCUUGACUCCGCGGAUUUCGAUCACCUUUCGUUUGAUAAAGGGCCAGUGCUUGUCAAGUUCUGGAGACCGACUCCAGGUGCCGAGCGGUGCUACCAUCGAAAUCCACUUCUGGAUCCGGCCCUGGGCACAGGCAUGCACACAUUUUCUAUUGACGAACUACAUUGCCUCCACCUCGGCGUGUUCCAGUCGUGGGCGUCCAAUGUUGUUUGGCUACUGAUAGGCCACAAUUUCUUCAAAAUACAGGCGACACUACAAGGCGAUCGGGUUCGCCUCAGCCUGAAGCGUUUACUUUUAGAGCUUGGGGAGUUUUACUCGAAACAACGCAGCAUGGGUGUUCCAGAAUCUGCAAUCACCAGAGUCGGAGACCUGACUCCAGGCAUGAUAGGUACCCGCAAUGCACCGAGCCUCGGUUUAAAGGCGCACGAAAGCAAGUGGUUUGUGAAAUUCUUAGCAGAGUUCCUGCCGACGGUCGCUAGCAGGCUUCCGCCAGAGAGCAAUGUGGACACCCUGGUUGCAGCUGGCAACGCACUUGUGAAGUUCACCAACAUCAUAGACAGCGGCCACCUCGGCGUGUCGGAUGAGGCGGUGGACCUGGCGCGGUCGAUCAAGGAGCGAAUUCCUGAUGCCAACAAAUUCGCCCAAUUGCAAGAGGGGAUCCGCGUAGUGAACCAGAAGAUGCAUGAGGUGGUUCGCGACGUCGACCUCCUUGAGGUCGUGCUGGGUUCAUCGUUCUUUAUCCUCGUCU